CUUCGAAAAUCGACGGACAGCCGAUCGAUCCGUUUAUUUUACCCAUCAGUUCUAAGGCUGGAGCGAGCGGGUUCACUCGCAUCAAUUUGGAAAGGGGUUGACGGUGGAGGUCGUAAAUGACAAGGCCUUUCUUAAUCACCAAUUGACAUGAAUUGUGAUAAGAUCCUCGUUAGCUAAAGGCGAAUUAUCGUUAUUUUUUGCCAGCCAGUGGGUGUUGUGGAUUUGAAGCUAAAAAUCACCUGCCACUAGUGUACCCAGCUUAGCGUAAGUGAGCCCAUCGAUCUCAAGUCGGUUUUGUUAUUUGCCAUACAUAAUCGGCAUCGUCAAUCGAGGUCAUGAGGCGAGAAUCAUUGUCUGCCAUGACUUGAAUGCGUGCCGUUGGUGAAUCGUUGCUCGUAGUCAGGGAUGCCUGGCAGUAGUGCUCACCCGCAAUUUGGAAAGGCAGACUCACAGUUGCCACUGACCUCGGCCACGAGCCGGAAUUCGUCUACAAAGUCCUCGCUUUUCCCACCGAAAGGAACCGAUCGGGCCAUGGAUAUGGAGAUCCAGCAGGUCCCGUGGUGGAACCGCCGUUCACAAAUGGAGCGACGUCUCUUUAUCUUGGCCGUCCUCUUGUUGUGCUUGGCAGUAGGAUUGGCCUUGGCCCUGGUCAGCGUGGUGUAUUCGCAAUCGCAAAAGGACUCUAACUCGCUCCAUAAGACGACAGCGGCCUUUACGGGUGAUGAUAGCUCCGUCCAAACGAAUGGCCAUUACAUUGGCUCCAACGAGGAUGCCAAUGCUCAGAGCUACUGCUUGACCCCGUCUUGUAUUCGGUCAGCCGGCGAAUUGCUUGAUAAUAUGGACGAUAAAGUGAACCCUUGUGUGGAUUUCUUCCAAUUUUCGUGUGGUGGAUUCAUAAAGAAGACCUCGAUCCCGGAUGAUCGGACACGAAUGUCAUCGUUUUCAGUGUUGGGGGAUAAAUUGCUCACUCAGGUUCGGCUUUUGUUGGAAGAGGAGAAUUCCCCCGAUGAGGCGAAAUCGUUUCAUAUGGCCCGUUAUGUGUAUCAGUCCUGCAUGGAUAAAGAGGGCAUUGAACGCUUGGGUGUAGAUCCUCUUAAACAAAUCCUUCGAACUUUGGGAGGAUGGCCCGUGUUAGAGGGCGCCUCUUGGAACGGUUCCAACUACAUCUGGUACGAGCAAGUCUAUCGUUUCCGAAAAAUGGGCUACUCCGUGGAUUAUUUUGUGGACUUCUCCGUCACCACGGACCUGAAGAACAGCUCAUGGCGGAUCUUGGACCUGGAUCAACCAGGCCUCGGGAUGAGUCGGGAAUACCUGAUCAAGGGCUUUUUCGACGAGGAUGUUCAGGCCUAUCUUCAUUAUAUGAUUGACGUGGCCACGUUUUUGGGGGCUGAUCCGAGCACAGUGGCCCAAGAGAUGAAAGAGGUGCUAGAAUUCGAGAUUAUGCUGGCUAAUUUCUCGCUGCCCCGUGAGGAGCGACGAAAUGCUUCCAAGCUCUACAAUCCCAUGAGGAUCAAGGAUGUGUCCAAUUUCGAUCCACACACACCUUGGCUGGAGUACAUCAACAAUAUCUUGACUUCAGAUAUCAUCCAGGUCAGCGAGGACGAGAUCAUCAUUGUGGAUGUGCCUGAAUAUCUGGUCAAAUUCUCAUCGUUCAUCCAAAAGGUGCCAGCUCGAGUUCAAUCUAACUACAUGCUGUGGCGGGUAGCAGCCGCCUCCAUGAAAUACCUGAAUGAAGAAGCCAGAAAGAUCUCAUUGCGGUUCUCUGAAAAACUCACUGGAAAAUCGGAGGAGACGCCAAGAUGGAGAACGUGCGUUGGUGCUGCCAAAGGUAGUUUGGCUAACGCCGUGGGUGCCAUGUACGUGCGAAGGUAUUUUGACGAGGCCUCCAAACAGGCGGCUUUGGACAUGGUGGCAGACAUCAGGACGGAAUUCGACAGCAUCCUCGAAAAGGUCGACUGGAUGGAUGCAAAUACGAAAAGACGAGCCAAGCAAAAGGCCAAGGACAUCGUGGAACAUAUAGGUUAUCCUCCUGAACUCCUGGACAACGAGAAGCUCAACGAGUUGUACGCUGGCCUCGAAUUGAACAGUACACAUUACCUGGGUAAUGCCCUCAACAUGACCGUGUUUGGCACGAACUACGCAUUCUCUAAACUCCGAGAACGAGUGAACAAGACAGAUUGGAUUCGCCAUGGACGUCCCGCCGUGGUCAACGCCUUCUAUAGCCCUCUUGAGAAUUCGAUCCAAUUUCCGGCCGGAAUCCUCCAAGGAAUCUUCUUUUCCAAUGAUCGACCCAAAUACAUGAAUUACGGUGCCAUAGGCUGGGUCAUUGGUCACGAGAUCACACAUGGGUUCGAUGAUCAGGGGCGGCAAUUCGACAUGGAAGGGAACCUUGUGGACUGGUGGGAACCGAUCACGAAGGAGCGUUAUCUCCAGAAAGCUCAGUGCAUCAUUCAACAAUACGGCAACUAUACUAUCCCCCAUCUGGAACUGAGUCUGAAUGGCAUCAACACGCAAGGAGAGAAUAUCGCCGACAACGGAGGGAUCAAAGAGGCUUAUCAAGCUUACGAGAAAUGGGUUGCCCGGACCCACCAAAAGGAGCAGCUUUUGCCGGGAUUGGGUAAAUUCAAUCAACGCCAACUGUUCUGGAUGAGUGCAGCCAAUGUGUGGUGUGCCAAAUAUCGCGAUAAGGCUCUUAAGUUGCGCGUUCUCACUGGGGUUCACUCGCCCGAUAUGUUCCGGGUGAGAGGUCCCUUCUCCAAUAUGCCCGAGUUCUCUCGAGACUUUCAGUGUCCUCUGGGAUCACCCAUGAACCCUGAGAAGAAGUGCGAGGUGUGGUAAUCUAUCAAUCGCCUUGACCACCGCGACAAUAAUGCCAAAACGAGCAGAGACGAAACAGAGUCUCGUCCUCUCCAAACCCUGAUUUGUCAGUUCACGAUUGAGUUGUGAACUAUCACAGCAACUAUUACUGCUACUACUACUUCAUCAUUAUCAUCAUUAGUCAAUUACUAAUUAUAUAUACUAGUAUAUCAUAAAGUACAGCACAGCCCCACCCAGUUAUUUGUUUGUCUGGAACCAUCGCCAUAUAUUACUAUUACUAUUCAAUUCAUUGUGCCGUUUUAAGGCCGCGUGACAUCAAAUUACUGCACAGACUUACGUAUGUUGAGGAACUUGUAUUGGUGCACACACACAAAUACACACUGUUAGUGUUGUUGAAAUGAACUGGACUCGACUGAGAAUGGCUCAGACGAACAAUUUGACUUAUGACAAGCGAACAAAUUAAAAGAAACGCCACAAUGCGUCUUAAAGAGCCUGGAAUACUAUAAAGCUGGGUACUUUCGUCUGCCACUUACACGGAGUGUUUGCUAUAUCAGACACAGAUACCUCGGUUGACGUACUCGAGUGUGUGAACUUUUUCCAGUGUUUGCGUGCCAAUCAGUCAAGAAAGAAUGCCAUUAUAAAGAGGAGAAUGAAGUAACUCGAUUGAGAAUCUGCGACGGUGUCCUGAAUCGUCCUUUUGUUCAACAUGUUUCGCCAUGAGAGUGUAUUUUGGCCAAUAAAAUAAGCUAUUCUUUCUUAA